CAAAACCAAAAUGGCGCUAAUCUUCUUGAUUUUUGCCUUUUUUCCUUCAAUUUUUGGGCAAUCAAUUCGGUCUCCGUGCCCCGAAAUUUUCCAAUAUGGCAAAGAAUUCUCCAAAGAUGUUGGAUUAUUGGAUAUUGCCGUGCCAAAAAUACAAAUUUACGAGUUCAAUGUCACUUUGGUGUUUUUUGUGCCGGAAAAUGUGAGUCUUAAGGAGGAUUCUGUCAAUAUUACGUUGAAGGGAAAUGCGAGUGAAAUUGUGAGAAAAGUACUUAAUGGAAGACGAGUUUCGUAUGUCGUUUAUUUCGAGGAUGAAGCGUUGCAGUUGAGCGAAAUUUAUUUUAGUCGUAAAAAAAUCUGUGAGCUUGAUGAGGAUGAACAACCUUCAGGACAAUACAAAAUCGUAACAGCAUUCAAAACUUUCAAAGCAGAAAUCGAUGUCGUCGCCGAAUACAACAGAAUUUUCAAUAUCGGCAUCAGCGAAGGAAAAUGCGGGCAUUUCGAGCAAAAUAUCGUCGAGUUCAGCAUCGGAGGCGAACGUGCAAUCAAACUAAAUUGGCCAUGGGUAGCUUCAAUGUACGUCAAAGGAGAUCAUGUUUGCAGCGCAACCUUAAUUGAUAAGUCGGUAGCUAUCACAGCAUCUCAUUGUUUAGAACCGAAUGGAUUUCCUGCUGCAAUUAAGGACAUCGAGUUAGUAAUUUUUAGCAAUGAAACUGUUAAAAUUUGGCUUUUCGUGAAACAUCCGUAUCAUCAAGGUCCCGGAAAGAACGACAUUGCGUUACUUUUUCUCGAACAUCCGAUCUCAAACGCACUUUUUGUGCCGGUUUGCCUUUGGGAGUUUUACGAAGACAUCGAAAAUCGCCCGGGAACGAUAGUUGGAUUUGGCGAAACGGAAUUCACCGACUCGGGAGACAUCAAUAGUCUCAAAUUAAUGGCUGUCUCAUCAGAAACUUGCGCCAAAAGUCACGAAAAACUCGCUUCGUUGGUAAAUUCUCAGACAUUUUGUGCCGGCGGGCAAGAUGGAACAGGACCAUAUAAUUAG